CGUAGUUUUCCAUGCGCGGAAAUUUAUUUAAUGUAGUCCUAAUCAAUCUGCAAUACAAAAUAUAAUAAAAAAUUCGUGUCGUAAUAACUUAAACGUACAUUUUCCACACAGCACAUAUGAUGUGCCCACUGAUGUGUGUGAGUGCGAGUGAGUGAGAGCGUGGAAUGUCAAAAUGACAGCAACAAAGCAAGCAGUAUAGCAAAACCAGCUGUGCGAGGUCGUGGCCCCCUCCCGAAAACAACAAUAUCCAAAUUUGUAAAAAUUAGACAAUAUUUUACGUUCCGUUCUGAAGAAACCCCAAAUAAAAACAAAAAUUGUGCGGGCCAAAAUUGUCUAUUAUAUAAUUCAGUUAAUUAAGCGUGGUAUGCACAUGCUACAACCAGCCAGACUCAAGUGCAUCACUAUAUCGACACUGCGUCAUACCUGGAGAUAUUUUCUGUUCGUAGCCAAGCUGCUGCACUACAUCUACACGAAAGUCAGUCAUCCCCUGCGGCUGCCAACGAAUUGGGAGCACAACAACAAUAUCAUGGAUCAGGAAAUGCCAGAAGACCAAGACAUGCCAGAGGAGGGAGGCCAUCGGGAGAAUAUGAUCGAAGAGCAACAGGAUGACCAUAUGAAUUUGCUGGCACGCUUUCAGGCCGUAGGAGCUAUGGAGCCAGACAGUGACAUGGAUGACGAGGACGACGAUGAUGUGGAUGUGGACUAUGGCGAUUCGGACUCGGAGCUUGAGGAAAUGUACUCAGAUGAGUCGAGCAGCUCAAGUGACGAGGAGCAGGACUCAAAAGAUAUUUCGAAAAGCACCCUCAGCGUGUGCCUAUUCCCCGAUAAACAGCAGCAGCAGCCAAAGACACUGCGCCAGUACAGCUUCCAGCCACUGCGGCUGGUGAAGUGCGCCUACAAGGACAAGCAUUUCGCUGGAGGUUUCCCGCUUGCCCGCAGUGGCCACCGCAUCAUCGCCUCAAACUCGCAUCUGUACUCUCUGGGCGGCUACAAUCCGCGGAGCGCUGUCAAUGCAGCUCGGCGCGGACGCUGCCUCCUCUUCCAGGAGCUCUGGAGCUACAACUUUGCCACGAAUCUCUGGAGGCUGGAGCUGAAUGCAGAGAACGCCAGCAACUUGCCUGUGGAGCUGGCCUCCAACGCAUUGACCAUUCACAAUAACGUGUUGAUUUCUCAUGGAGGUACUGGCUAUCCAUUCGGGGAGUCCUGCUCGAACGAUUGCUAUGUGUAUCGAACGGCUAGUGUUGGGGCGACGCCUGCCGUCGAGCGCCUAAAGGUCACUGGGGAUCUGCCAACGGCCCAAUACGGUCCAGGUAUUGUGAUCCACAAGAAUUAUCUGUACACAAUCGGGGGAACGACUGGCUUCGACUAUACCUGCGACGUCUACCGCUUGGACCUGCACACAGGAGUGUGGGAGAAUGUGUACAUUAGUCGGCCGGAGAUGCGCGAAGAUCCCGAGGGCCGCUACCGUCACGAGGUGAUCUACGAUGGAAAGCACGUGUUUGUGCUUGGCGGCGGCACUUCACACUCUGUCUACGAUCUGCAGCGCAUUCCGGCGUACAACUUGGAUGCUAACUGCUGGGACUACUUUGACACUUUCCCAGAUAGACGGAUCGUCGAUCUGGCGCAGAACAAUAAAGGCUAUCCAAAGCCACGCAAGUGCUUCUCGUGUGUGCAACACCAGUCCACCAACGGAGACAUCGAAGCCUUCAUAACGGGUGGCUUACAGGGUGACUUUUCGACAUACUUCUCGGACAUUUGGAAGCUGAAUAUGCGCACCAAACAGUGGUUCCUCAUUGAGACAAGUCUGCCACGACCCUUGUACUUCCAUUCGGCCGCACAUUCGGACAACGGCUGCAUGUACGUGUUCGGGGGCAUCGAGUACAAUGACAAGGAGAUGCGGCGACGCAACGGCCUCUACAAGAUGUGGAUGACCGUGCCAAAGCUGAGCGAAAUGUGCUGGGAUGCCAUCACCUACUACAACGAUAAUCUCGACAUCUACGAUACCAAGGCGCUUCUGAAGGCUGGCAUACCCAAGACAUUCACGGAUCGCCUGCCGGCGCAAACGAGGAAGAAGACCGAGAAGAUCGAACCAGAUCCAUCCAUGCUUAUAUCUCUUUACUCCCACCCGAAGCGUGCUCGCUCCACAACGCAGUAGGUUCUUGAGACUAAAUCAAAAACCUUCUCCCCCCCCCUUCCAAACAGAAAAAAAAAACAAAUUUAAUAACGAGGAAUGGAUGACCCUUUGGUGCCGUGCCACCUGGCCUCUUAUAUACCAACAAAACUUUGCGUUACUAUUGUUUAAAGGUUUUGUUUUGAUAUUGAGCGCGCGCUGUGAUCGAAUACGAAGGACAUUUAUAGUUGUACACAUGCAUACAUCAUACAUUUGUAUGUAUUUUGAUAUUUCGUAGACUCGAAAGAAAAGGGCGGGCGGACAUGUUUAGCAUGUAAAUAGGAUUGUAAUUAAGUUAGCUAGCUGAACAACAAUCUGAACAACAACUCCAUAUAAUAUACUACAAGCAAUUCUAAACACCAGCUUAACAGAUCGGAUCGUUACAGUACCGCCAGCAGCGCACUCCCCACCACCACCCCCAGCCACACCCACAUCCUCAAAAAUAUAUCGAGUGUAUUUCUCGACUAUGUAAUUUCUCUUCACCCGCACAGAGACUUGGCACCCAAAAGAAAUUAGUUUUGAAGGCUACACCAAACAAUGUCAUAUAGAGGAGGUCUGCAUACAUGCACCUCCGAUGUAUUUUUGUCCAAGUGUACAUAAUAUUUAGCAGUAGUAAUAUUUAAAUAACUUAAGAGAAUCCAUCAAAACAAUAUUGCGAUAUAAUGUACCAAUGCAAGCAUCAGUUUGCUCGGAUAAUCUUACCCAAGACUAAAUUUGGUUGAAUCUAAGUUAAUAAAUACAUUUUUAAUGCAA